AUGGCGGAUCGCCUCCCCGCCCACUCCAAGGUCCUUUUCGAGGCCAAAUCGAACAAGGGCCUCAACUUUGAGUCCAUUGCUCAGCACCUGGGGCGCAGCGAGGUGGCCGUGGCCGGCAUCUUCUAUGGCCAGGUCCAAGCAUCCGAUGAGGAUGUCGAGAGACUAUCCGGGCUCCUCGGCGUUGACCCCGCGACCUUGAGCUCCCUCACCAACUUUCCUGAUAGGGGCCGCGCUGGCCCAAUGCCCCCCACUGAGCCUCUCAUCUACCGCCUCUACGAAAUCGUCCAGAACUACGGAUACGCUUAUAAGGCUGUCCUCAACGAAAAGUUCGGCGACGGCAUUAUGAGCGCCAUUUGCUUUAAUACCAAAGUGGAGAAGGAGAUCGACGAGGCCGGCGCCCCUUGGGUUGUCAUUACACUCAAGGGCAAGUGGUAG